ACCUCAGUACCUCCAGGCUCUGAUCAGGCCCUACACCCAAACAAGGGCACUGCGUUCAUCCACCUCUGGCCUGCUCGCCUCCCUACCACUGAGAAAGUACAGUUCCCGCUCAGCCCAGUCAAAACUGUUCGCUGCUCUGGCCCCCCAAUGGUGGAACAAACUCCCUCACGACGCCAGGACAGCGGAGUCAAUCACCACCUUCCGGAGACACCUGAAACACCACCUCUUUAAGGAAUACCUAGGAUAGGAUAAAGUAAUCCCUCUCACCCCCCCCCUUAAAAGAUUUAGAUGCACUACUGUUCCACUGGAUGUCAUAAGGUGAAUGCACCAAUUUGUAAGUCGCUCUGGAUAAGAGCGUCUGCUAAAUGACUUAAAUGUAAAUGUAAAUGUUACACUGGCAAUACUAAAGUGCAUAUAAGAGCAUCCAAUAGUCAAAGGUAUAUGAAAUACAAAUCGUAUAGAGAGAAAUUUUCCUAUAAUUCCUAUAAUAACUACAACCUAAAACUUCUUACCUGGGAAAAUUGAAUACUCCUGUUAAAAUAAACCACCAGCUUUCAUAUGUUCUCAUGUUCUGAGCAAGGAACUUAAAAGUUACCUUUUUUACACGGCACAUAUUGCACUUUUAUUUUCUUCUGCAACACUUUUUUUUGCAUUAUUUAAACCAAAUUGAACAUGAUUCAUUUUUUUUAGGCUAAAUUGAUUUUAUUGAUGUAUUAUAUUAAGUUGAAAUAAGUGUUCAUUCAGUAUUGUUGUAAUUGUCAUUAUUACAAAUACAUGUAUUUUUUUAAAUCGGCCGAUUAAUCAGUAUCGGCUUUUUUGGCCCUCCAAUAAUCGGUAUCGGUAUUGAAAAUCAUAAUCGGUCGACCUCUAACACACACGUACAAAACCUUAUGUCGCUCUUCUCUUGUUACUGGUUAAUACCACUGAUGUUGUUCAACUGGGCCUCCAGUCCAAUGGUCACCGUAGUAGCAGUGAAGUGACUAAGUUACUGAGAACGAUUGAAAUCUCUAUCAGACUGAUCGCUCCACUGUUGACAGAGAACGUGACCAGGAUAGAGACCAACCACACAGGUAAUAUAAACACACUGAGCACAUGCUGACCACAUAUUUACAAUGGGUCGGCAGGUAGCCUAGUGGUGAGAAUGUUGAACCAGUAACCGGAAGUUUGCUGGAUCCAAUCCCCAGCUGACAAGGUAAAAAUCUGUCAUUCUGCCCCUGAGCAAGGCUGUUAACGCAUUGUUCCAAAGACGUGGAUGUCGAUUUAAGGCAGCUGCCCACACCUCUCUGAUUCAGAGGGGUUGGGUUAAAUGCGGAAGACACAAUUCAGUUCACAAGAGCCAGCAGCUCAUGUCCAGUGCCGCGACGGUGUCCGUUAGCAACUCCAACACAACAUACCUGCCACAACAGGUUCAUCUCACCUUCAAUCACCUGCAGGUAACACUUGUCUCUAAUUAAUAGUCUAUGACUGUCAGUAAAAUAUGUUUAUAUGUUUUCCAUUGACAUGUUUUCCAUUAAGUCACGUUUUUUCCUAAAUUGACUGAGUGGUACUGGAAUUGACCCCAACCCAUAUACACUGUGUCCUAGUCCAGUGAUGUUGACCCCACCUGUGUUUAUUGGUCGGAUGAGAAUGGACGUGGUCUGGGCGGGGUUGCACCUUAGUGAUUUCGAACUCCACCCACACUGUGUGCUCCUGCAACCAUCUCAGCACAUUCGCUCUGCUGAAGGGAAUCCAUCAGGAACAGGGAAGCGGGCAGCUGUUGUUGGUGAUGUGGGUGGGUGUUUUUGUGGCACUGACCUGUGUGGUCCUGUCCCUGAUCACCACCCUGUGGUGUCGCUUUGUCAGCCGCAAACGCCGUGGAGGACGCCGGCUGCAACGGGAUGUACAGCUACAUAGAAAAUAAGAGAUGGAUUUGAACUAUUUGUGUUCUAAGAAAAGCUUUACUUGGAAUCCAUUUGAAAAUAUUGUCUCUUGGCUUGCAAGGACAUCCAAUUACCAGAAUUUGUAUUUAUUUAAGUAGUUUAAAAAUGUACCAAACAAACAAAAACAAAAACACAACUUUUUAUUAAUAGAUAUACAAUUUUUCAUCUAUAGAAAUCAGUUCUGGACUGUAAUAGAUGAGCUCUCAUCUCUAUGGCAACAUAAGUAAUUUCAGUCUCAUAAACAUGGUUUGUAAUUUGUAGAGAUGAGAAUAGUGGUAAAUCCACUCAACGCUGCAUUUGUCCAGUAUUUUUUUUAAAUGGUACCUUUAUUUAACUAGGCAAGUCGGCCUAGGAACUGUGGGUAAACUGCCUGUUCAGGGGCAGAACGACAGAUUUGUACCUUGUCAGCUCGGGGAUUUGAACUUGCAACCUUUCGGUUACAAGUCCAACACUUUAACCACUAGGCUACUCUGCUGCCUCUUUUUUUAAAUUCUUAUUUUAUGCCACUUGGUUGUUGUUGUAACUGACUUAUUUGAAGUGAAAGUAAUAUUUUUCCUGUUUAUUUUACAGUGCUUGAGAAGGUAUUUAAAUCCACAAAUCAUCUCACUAUUAUAUCCUUCAUUCUGAAAUAAAUGUCUAAAUAUGAGCUGUCCGUUUUGUAAAAAAAAAAAGCACAACAUCAUACUGAAAGUACAAUGAAUUUGAUAAUUGCUCACCCAAGACAUUGUUUUUUUUGCCUCUCAUUAGGCCUAGGCCUUUAUAACUGCCCACAUGGUGUAAACACUUCCAAACGGACUUAAAGGCCCAGUGCAGUCAAGAACAUGAUUUCCUGAGUUUUAUGUAUAUUUAAACACUUUGAGGUUGGAAUAAGACUGUGAAAUUGUGGACAUUAUGAUAAUGCCCUUUUAGUGUAAGAGCUGUUUGAAAAUGUCAGCCUGUUUAGGUAGGAUGGAGUUUUGGCUUGCUGGUGACAUCACCAAGCAGUAAAUUAGUCAAUAGACCAAUAAGAAAGAGCGUUCCAAACCUGGGCUGUAAUCAUAAAAAUCCCCCAUCCCCCCCAAAAUAAGCUUUUUGAUUUUAGUUGAAGGUUAGGCAGGCAUAUGGUUAGCCGUGUGUUUAAGUUUAGGGUUAGGAUUCAAAUUAAAUUUUAAUUAAGAAGAGACAUUUUAGAAAUAAGCUGUGGCUGUAGUAACUAGUGACGACAAGUGCACAGAGAGAAAUAGCUUUGUCAAGAAAACUUAGCGUUUUGUGUCAGCCAGACUAGAGAAAUGUAUGUCUGCCCUAAAACUUACCGUUGAUCAUCAUGAAGGAACAUAGUGUGCGUGAUAUUAAUAUUGUAAAUCCAAUGUCUCCCACCAUUUGAUCAUAGUUGCUUCUUCAUUUUCCAACAGGCUGUUUAUCACACAAAUGCAUUUGCCAUCAUUAUCAUGACUUGGAUAUCUCUCAUUCUCAAUAGGUCUUGAAACUUCUCUCUUCAUUGGUUAAUCGACCUACCCUUUGAGCUAACAUAAAUCUAGAUAAUGUAGCCUUUCAAUAUAUUAGGAUGCUUCGGCUAUGGAAGGAGAAUUCGUCAGGAAAAUUAUUGAUUUCAUGGACAAAUAGUCCCACCACCACUUCAAGAAAAACCCAGAAACGCUCUUUAUUUGUGUAAUCACAAAGACACACUAAAUGUUAAGUAUUCAAACCCCUUUCCGUCAAUGCUGAUAGAGCAAGUGAGAAUGUAAAAGUUACGGGAAAUGCUGCUGCAGUAACUUUUAAAAUUUGCAUAAAGGUCAGACAUCUUCAAAAGAAAUCAAGAGCAAGACAUUUUGAAAAGAAAAGAAAAAGAUAAGUAGCCUUGCUUCAGUGUGAAAUAUGGAUUCUAAGUCUGCUUUUGGUAAGGCAGCUGGUUUAUGUGGCCCUGUUGAUAAGAGUCUAUACUGUGCAUGUUGCUGUUUUAGAUCAGUGUGUCCUCUUAUGUCUGAUCUUGGAGAUAGACCCUCUACACUAGAGUCUAAUUCAGGGAUGGAACUCCUGGACGUGGUCUAUGCAAAACUAGACAAAUUAACCUGAUGUGAAUUGCGAUGCAAAUGGUCUUCUCAUGCUACCCAGUCAGUUCCUCUUUGUAGUAAAACUCACUCAUCUGUGGGCACAAUUCAGCUUGCUUCAACACUAUCAUGUGCUUUCACCCAUGGAAUUAGCUGUUAGGAGGUCAAAGGUCAAGGGGGUGGGAUGACCUGAAAUAUUCUGCUUUUACAAAAUGUUAUGCUGUUUUCAAAUGAAACACAAUUACCUUGCUCCUGUUACAGCUUUUAAAAUUCAUGUAUUUUUUAGGCAUUACUGUGUGUGUUUCUCUGGGUUUAAUGACUACUGGUGGCACUCAACAAUGCUUGGACAUAGACGAGUGUGUUAAGAUCCCAGAUAUUUGUGGGAAAUGGGGAACCUGUCGUAAUCAGGGUUGUAGCUACCUGUGCACGUGUCCCAAUGGAUUUAGGAACUCUGGCAACGGACAAACUCCGUGUGUAGACAUUGACGAGUGUAAUACAGACGGAGUAUGUGGAAAUGUGGGCAUCUGUCAAAACCUGAUUGGCAGUUAUUGGUGCCAGCGUCCUGCUGGAUUUACUAACUUUGGCAAAAACCAAGCUAAGUGUGUAGAUCUUAAUUGUGACCAGUACGAAACACAGCCUGGACAGACUCUACCAGGCUUUGAUAGUUUAUUGUCUCUGUUGAGAAACAACUGUUUGGUGUUGAGCAACUCUAUGUUGCCUGGACCGACAAGACUGCUGCCAACUGGAGAUGUGCUUUUGACAUUACUGGUUAAUGCCACUGAUGUUGUUCAACUGGGCCUCCAGUCCAAUGGUCACCUUAGUAGCAGUGAAGUGACUAAGUUACUGAGGACGAUUGAAAUCUCUAUCAGACUGAUCGCUCCACUGCUGACAGAGAACGUGACCAGGAUAGAGACCAACCACACAGAGGUUGAGAUUAUGGUGAGAAGAGACAAGACUCCACCUGAAGGACCAGUCAGCCUGACCAAUGAGAACACUCAACUUGACACCACCUGGGAGACGGUGGUUGGAGAUGACCAGAAUUACCCAGGGUUUGCAUUUGUUUUUCUGCUCAGCCAUAAGAAUCUGGAUAGUCUGAAGGACAGUACUUCUCAUCAGAGCCAGCAGCUCAUGUCCAGUGCUGCGACAGUUUCCGUUAGCAACUCCAACACAACAUACCUGCCCCAACAGGUUAAUCUCACCUUCAAUCACCUGCAGUCCAGUGAUGUUGACCCCACCUGUGUUUAUUGGUCGGAUGAGAAUGGACCGGGGGUGUGGUCUGGGCGGGGUUGUACCUUAGUGACGUCAAACUCCAACCAGACUGUGUGCUCCUGCAACCAUCUCAGCACAUUCGCUGUGCUGAACGAAAUGCAACAGGAAGCGGGCAGCUGUCGUUGGUGAUGUGGGUGGGUGUUUUUGUGGCACUGACCUGUGUGGUCCUGUCCCUGAUCACCACCCUGUGGUGUCGCUUUGUCAGCCGCAAACGCCGUGGAGGACGCCGGCUGCAACAGGAUGUACAGCUACAUAGAAAAUAAGACAUGGAUUUGAACUAUUUGUGUUCUAAGAAAAGCUUUACUUGGAAUCCAUUUGAAAAUAUUGUCUCUUGGCUUGCAAGGACAUCCAAUUGCCAGAAUUUGUAUUUAUUUAAGUAGUUUAAAAAUGUACCAAACAAACAAAAACAAAAACACAACUUUUUAUGAAUAUAUUUUUCAUCUAUAGAAAUCAGUUCUGAACUGUAAUAGAUGAGCUCUCAUCUCUAUGGCAACAUAAGUAAUUUCAGUCUCAUAAACAUGGUUUGUAAUUUGUAGAGAUGAGAAUAGUGGUAAAUCCACUCAUCGCUGCAUUUGUCCAGUAUUUUUUUUAAAUGGUACCUUUAUUUAACUAGGCAAGUCAGCCUAGGAACUGUGGGUCAACUGCCUGUUCAGGGGCAGAACGACAGAUUUGUACCUUGUCAGCUCGGGGAUUUGAACUUGCAACCUUUCGGUUACAAGUCCAACACUGUAACCACUAGGCUACUCUGCUGCCUCUUUAAAAAAUAUAUAUUUUAUGCCACUUGGUUGUUGUUGUAACUGACUUAUUUGAAGUGAAAGUAAUAUUUUUCCUGUUUAUUUUACAGUGCUUGAGAAGGUAUUUAAAUCCACAAAUCAUCUUGCUAUUAUAUCCUUCAUUCUGACAUAAAUGUCUAAAUAUGAGCUGUCUGUUUGUAAAAAAAAUAAAGCACUACAUCAUACUGAAA